GGAAGUGACGUUCAUCCCGCCGCCGCACGCACAGAGCAACAAACCCAAGCUGUCGAACUGCACGCGAGAGCAACGUUUACUGUGAAAACAACAGCACACUCACAGCCCACAUCACAUCUGUGCUUUCAUACCGUGACGCGUUUGAGCACAUCUCGAGCAGAUACAGCGAUAGUAUCACAGAGAGAGCAGCAGAACUGCCGAAAUCCAUUGAACCCCGCGGUGAAGUCGGACACGCUGAUGGCGGCGACAGUGGAGGAUCUCUACCGUAACUACGGCAUCCUCGCCGACGCAAAAGAGGAUCUCAGCACGCACAAAGAUGCUUAUCAGGUCAUUCUGGACGGCGUUAAAGGAGGUGCAAAGGAGAAGCGACUGGCCGCACAGUUCAUUCCUAAAUUUUUCAGCAGUUUUCCAGAGCUGGCCGAUGCAGCCAUCAAUGCACAACUCGAUCUGUGUGAGGAUGAGGAUGUAUCCAUCCGAAGGCAGGCUAUCAAAGAGCUCCCCCGUUUCGCAUCAGGAGAGAAUUUACCCAGAGUCGCAGACAUCCUCACACAGCUGUUGCAGACAGAUGAUUCUGCUGAAUUCAAUCAAGUUAACACAGCUUUGAUCUCCAUAUUCAAAAUUGACGCAAAAGGAACUCUGGGAGGCUUGUUCAGUCAGAUCCUGCAGGGAGAAGAUAUUGUUCGAGAGAGAGCGAUUAAGUUUCUCUCUACUAAAUUGAAAAUGAUGCCAGAUGACACAAUGACAAAGGAGGUUGAGGAUUACAUCUUCAUAGAGACAAAAAAGGUGCUAGAGGAUGUGACGGGGGAGGAGUUUGUGCUUCUGAUGCGUAUCCUGUCCGGGCUGAAGAGCAUGCAGACCGUGAGCGGGCGGCAGCAGCUGGUGGAGCUGGUGGUGGAGCAGGCCUUCCUGGAGCAGGCGCUAAACCCUGCAGAUGCUGACAGCGUCGACCGGCUCUUACAGUGCACACGCCAGGCCUUGCCACUCUUUUCUGUGAGUGAAACCACAGCAACGAAAAAUGUGCAUUCUACUCGCUUUGUGACAUACUUCUGUGAAUUUGUUCUGCCCAACCUCAGUCUGCUCACCAGCCCUGUAGCCGAACUGGACAUCCAGCUUGAGGUACUAAAGUUGUUAGCAGAGAUGAGUCCGUAUUGUGGGGACAUGGACAAACUGGAGGUCAACCUCAAUAUGCUUUUUGAGAAGCUACUGGAGUUCAUGCCCCUGCCACCAGAGGAUGAGAAUGGAGAGAACGCUGCGAAUGAAGAGCCCAAACUACAAUUCAGCUACGUGGAGUGUCUGCUCUUUAGCUUCCACCAACUGGGCAAAAAGCUACCUGACUUCCUCAUCGACAAAAUCAGUGCAGAGAAGCUGAAGGACUUCAAGAUCAGGUUACAGUACUUUGCACGGGGGCUGCAAGUAUAUAUUCGACAACUGCGUGUUGCUUUGCAAGGCAAGACUGGAGAUGCACUGAAGACAGAGGAGAAUAAAAUCAAAGUUGUGGCUUUGAAGAUCACCAACAACAUAAAUGUUUUAAUCAAGGAUCUGUUUCAUAACCCUCCAUCCUAUAAAAGCACAGUCACUCUGUCCUGGAAACCGGUGCAGAAGAGCGAGGGGGCGGCAGCGGCAAUUGGCCAGAAGAGGCACUCUGGAGAAGACAUGGGGACAACAGCGACAACAAAGAAGCUUCCCACAACUUUGCCCAGGAGGGACGCCCGGCAAAUAUACAAUCCGCCCAGCGGGAAAUACAGUGCCAGCAUUGGGAACUUCACAUAUGAACAACGAGGAGGCUUCAGGGGCGGCAGAGGCCGGGGCUUCGGAGGAAGAGGGAACAGAAGCCGAGGCCGGAUUUAUUAAGAGGACUGCAUAUGUUUCUAUACCCAUGCAACUGCAUUACCACAACACAACAAUAUCUCUGCUGUGUUGACACUGUUUCUCCCCGCUCGCCCUUCCAGCGUCUCACAGACCUCCAUCCAUUCUGUUCCUCUCCACAUUGUUUUUUUAUUUUUUUUUCUUGGGUGUGUUUUUGAAAAUCCAUA